AAUAUAAAGUUUAAGGUAAAAAUUAUAAUUGAAAAUUAAAAAAAAAUAAAUUCAAAUGAAGAAAAAAGUGCCGCUAUUUUCUCAUUUUGAAAUUAGUGGAAUAGGAGGUCAAAAACAAUCCGCAAAAAAAGAGUGUGAAUUUAUUUUAUAUGCAAAGAAAUAUAACCUACGAGUUCCAAUUAAGGCAAUCGUAUUGUCGAGUGUUACUAAUACACUACCAGCAGUUACGUUUAAAGUCCCAUAUUCUGCAGAACUUAAGAAAUUGGACUUAGCUGACCCAAAUUUUAAUAAAUCUUCCCAAAUCGAUCUUAUUCUUGGUAAUGAUUAUGAACAUUGUCUGAAUCUAGAAGGCAUAAAGAAAAAUAUAUGUGGCCAAACAUCAGCCUAUAAAACUAUAUUUGGAUGGGUGCUUAGCGGACCAAUAAGAGCUGAAACUGUUCAAUCAUUCUCAACUGCGGUUACUUCAUCAGAAUCUUCAGAACUCAGUACACUAUUGAGAAAAUUUUGGGAGCAAGAAGAAAUACCCAAAACUCGCCUUACGUCAGAAGAAGAUGAUUUUGUUGAACAAUUUUACACUCAAACAACUACUCGAAACAAAGAUGGACGAUAUAUUGUAAGGUUACCUUUUAAAAAAGAGUAUCACGAAUCAGUAUAUUUAGGAUCAUCUAGAUUUAUCGCAUUAGCUCAAUAUGCCAGUAUGGAAAAAACUUUAGGAAAAAAUAAUGAAUUGCAAGCUGAAUAUAAAUCUGUUUUAGACGAGUAUUUAACUCUAGACCACAUGGAAGAAACAACAUCAACUGAAAUUAAUUAUGAAGGUAAAUUUAGCUCUUAUUAUUUGCCCCAUCAUGCGGUCGUGAGACCUGACCAUAAAACAACAAAGGUGAGAAUUGUGUUCAAUGCCUCUAGGAAAACAAAAUCCAACUUUUCUCUAAACGAUGUUCUGUAUACAGGUCCUACAAUUCAAAACGACUUAAUAACAGUAAUUCUGAAUUGGAGAAGAUAUAAAUACGUGUUCAGUGGGGACAUACAGAAAAUGUAUCGUCAAAUCCUAAUUCAUCCAAAUGAUAGAGCAUUCCAAAGAAUAUUAUAUCAACCUGAAAAAAAUGGCCCUAUUAAAGAUUAUGAAUUGAAAACUGUUACGUUUGGAGUGAAUAGCGCGCCUUUUCUAGCAAUUCGUACGUUACAUCAACUAGCGUCAGAUUCAAAAGCGGAAUCUCCCAAAGCAUCAUCCAUUUUAAAGUAUGAGACUUAUGUAGAUGACAUAUUAACUGGAGGGUUUUCAAUUGAAGAAACUCGAGAGGCACAAAAUGAAUUAAUUAAAACUCUGAAGUCUGCUGGUUUUUUACUCAAGAAAAUAACAGCAAAUGAUACACAGUUAUUGGAAGAUUUACCAAAAGACGAUAUAUAUGAUUCCGAUUUUUUACGGUUUCAUGAAACUAGCUCCACAAAAACUUUAGGCAUAAAGUGGAACGCAAUAUCAGAUACAUUUACAUAUACUUUUUCAGCACUAAGUCCAUCUACGAAAAUAACAAAACGCCAAGUUCUGUCAUCAGUCGCAAAACUGUUUGAUCCAGCUGGAUGGCUAGCCCCUAUAGUCAUCAGAGCAAAAAUAUGUAUGCAGCAGUUAUGGUUAGAAGGUAAAGACUGGGAUGAAGAAGUUUCUGAGGAAUCUCUACAAAAUUGGAACAAUUUAGUACAAGACUUAUCUGAAGUUGAACUAAUAUCAAUUCCCCGUUGGAUUCAACUUAUGCCUAAUGAUACAAUACAAAUUCACGGUUUCUGUGAUGCAUCGAAAUCCGCUUAUUGUGCCACUGUAUACAUUAGGUGUCAAACAAAAACUCAAAAUGUAUUCUCAAAUUUACUAGUAGCAAAAAGUAAAGUUGCCCCUUUACAAACUGUCUGCCUCCCGCGCUUAGAGCUUAAUGGCGCAGUGUUAUUAGCAAAUUUAGUUAAUUACGUAAUAAACUCUCUUAAUUUCAGUAAAAGCGAAAUAUAUUUGUGGACAGAUUCAGCUAUAGUCCUUGGAUGGUUAUCAAAACCACCUUCAUCAUGGGAAACUUAUGUGGCAAACAGAACAUCACGAAUACAUGAAUUAAUGACUAAUGUCACAUGGCGACAUGUUCCAACACAUGAUAAUCCAGCUGAUUUGGGCACACGAGGUUGUAAAGCACAAAAUUUGGUAAAUAAUUCACUUUGGUGGAACGGACCAUCAUGGUUAAAAAAACCAUCAUCAGAAUGGCCUAAACGAAAUAUAUUAAAUAAUAACCCAGAAAAUAAAGAAAUACAAUCUCUAAACGUUCAGCUUGAAACGGAUGACAUCCUAGACAAUUUUUCAUCAUAUGGCAGAGCUUUACGGGUCCAAUCGACGACUAACCGCCACUCGGGUCCCUAAUGAAAAUCAUAGCCCUAAUGAAGAGAGAAGCGUGGUACCAAGAGACUUAGAGGUGUUCUACUGUGUGAUAUGCACAGGAUAUCACGGGCUCAAGUUCUGUCGAAGAUUUAGAAGGAUGACGCCACAAAAGAGAAGGGACAUAGUUGAACGACUAGGGUACUGUGUUAAUUGCUUGGCUAGAAGCCACAGCAUCCGGUCAUGUACCUCAAUGGAGGCGUGCUUAAAAUGUGCACAAUUGCACCAUACCCUGUUGCACCCAACAAGAACAGUCAGCCCACGACCGAGAACUACCACCAGCAGCAGUCGACGCAGUCUCGAUAACUCCGAGACCCACCAACAGCAUCGUCAACACCAACAGCUUCGUCAACACCAGCAGCAUCGUCAACACCAUCGUCAAAACCGACAACAUCAACCUCACCCUCAUCAUCACCAACAUCGUCAUUAUCAACAUCGUC